CCUGCCCGGCGCUGGCAGGGGCAGCCACCACCUAUCGCGGGGCUUUGCCUCCGCCUUCCACCAGCGGAAACUUUGCUUGGCGUCAACAGGAGAGGAUGGAGCCAGGGGAGCCCCUCAACCGGUCCCAGGAGGGGGCAGAGGUGCCCCGCGGGGAGUUCAACGCUUCCGGGCUCCCUGACGCGGAGGGGAAGCCCCUCUUCGGCAUCGGCAUCGAGAACUUCAUCACCCUGAUCGUCUUCGGCUUGAUCUUCACCCUGGGGGUGCUGGGCAACUCGCUGGUGAUUACGGUGCUGGCUCGCAGCAAGCCAGGCAAGCGUCGCAGCACCACCAACAUCUUCAUCCUCAACCUGAGUAUUGCCGACCUGGCCUACCUGCUCUUCUGCAUCCCCUUCCAAUCCACGGUCUACGUGCUGCCUACCUGGGUGCUGGGUGCCUUCAUCUGCAAGUUCAUCCAUUACUUCUUCACUGUCUCCAUGUUGGUGAGCAUCUUCACACUCUCGGCCAUGUCUGUGGACCGCUAUGUGGCCAUCGUGCACUCGCGGCGCUCCUCCACCCUGCGCGUCCCCCGCAACGCGCUGCUGGGCGUUGGGCUCAUCUGGGCUCUCUCCUUUGCCAUGGCCUCACCAGUGGCUCAUCACCAGCGCCUCUUCCACCGCAACGGCAGCGACCAGACCUUCUGCUGGGAGCACUGGCCCAAUCCACGCCACAAGAAGGUCUACGUGGUCUGCACGUUUGUCUUCGGCUAUCUUCUCCCCCUGCUGCUCAUCUCUUUCUGCUAUGCCAAGGUUCUUAAUCAUCUGCAUAAAAAGCUGAGAAAUAUAUCAAAGAAGUCAGAAGCAUCAAAGAAAAAGACAGCACAGACUGUGUUGGUGGUGGUAGUGGUUUUUGGCAUCUCCUGGCUUCCGCAUCAUGUGAUUCAUCUCUGGGCUGAAUUUGGAGUUUUCCCACUGACUCAAGCCUCAUUUCUCUUCAGGGUAGCUGCACACUGCCUGGCUUACAGCAAUUCUUCUGUAAACCCAAUUAUAUAUGCAUUUCUCUCUGAAAAUUUUAGAAAGGCCUACAAACAAGUUUUCAAAUGCCAGAUAGGUAACGAAUCACCUCUGAAUGAUGCUAAAGAAAAUAAGAGUCGGAUAGAUACACCACCAUCUACCAACAGUACACAUGUGUGAACUGUAGAAAGUCCUGUUUGCUGGCUCUUCAGCUGUAUGAAUGAAUGAAACUUCUGGAAAACAAAGCACAAUGAGCUUUAUCACAGCUUUUUCUUGAUAAAGCUAAUAGGUAUUUAAGGUAAUGAAGUUGCAUUUGUAGCAAACAUUCAUGAAACUGGUAUGAAGGAAAACCAGGCUGGUCCUUUGUAUUGUACCUUUGCCAAAUGAAGCUCCUGACCUUUGAAAGAUAAUUCAGAAACAAAACAACGGUGAUGAUUUGUGUGUGUUCCUAUUCAUUAAGCAUCAUGUGUAUAAGCAUUCAAAUGUAAUAUACAAGAAGUAUUCGUUGAUAUGGAUAAAAUGCUGAACUUUCUCACGUCUUACUCCAUAGAAGCAAAGAGACGGCUAAAUUUUCUGACUUACAGAUAAUGAACACUGUGGUGGUACUACAGUUUCAGAGAGGAAAAGUUUCAUUCUCCGUUCAGGUUGUUUUGACAAUGUCUUUUGCCUUUUUAAAGCAAAGAUGGGAUCUGACUUGGAGUUGAAAUAACCCACGUACAAUUUGAGACAAUUGCUUUAGAGAGGCAACACUGAUUUUAUCUGUUCAGCUAUCUUUUUAUGUAACGUGGUGAAUGAUGAUGUACUUUUUACCGCUUUGUAUGCCUGCCUUACUGCACACACAGAACUUUUGUGUACACUAUAUAAGGUUUUGUUUAUGGCCUGUGUGAAGUUCUAUCAAAAUGAAAAUUUGUCUGAGGAAAGCUUUUCUUUAGCUGCUGCAUGUGUGUUGUGUGUGUGUGUUUUGUUAACUUUGUUGAGUCUGAGAUGGAAAUACAGUUUUAAAUGUACAAUAUCAAUAUAUAUUUUAAAAUCUUAUGUUCCAUAAAGAAAAUCCAAGCAACAUAUAAGUGCUUAAAACAGCAAUCCUUUAAAAGUUUUAAUGGAGGUUUGAUACAAUGUAACUCUAAAAUGGUAAAUUUUGGAAGGAUACAUUUAUAUCAGUACAAAGUGUGUAAUACAAAUCACAAAUAAAAAGUGGGAGGGCCUCAGCACUUUGAGGACAUAUUGUUAGCUGGAGUAUGAUAUGCUUUUACCAUUUACGUUCAUGACCCAUAGUCAUAGAGCAAAUUAAGUUGAAGAAAAAUCUUGGGAUCCUCUCAAGGCAGGGCGUAUCAUUUCUUGUCUAGGUAUGUUUUGAGAUUUCCAAGGACACAAUUCAGCAGCUCAUCAGUCAUAGCUGGGAUUUCCCUUGAUGUAGCUUGCAACCAUUUCCCUUUGUCCUCUCACCAACCCUUGAGAAGACUCUUCACUCUAACCAAACAUGCAUAAUUGUAGAUGACAAAUUAGAGUUUCUCCCUGUCUUC